AUGUUACGAGAUUUGAGCGGAAUUUCCUCCAACUAUAUUCUCCUGAUCCCUCUAACCGCCAUCCUGAUCAUCUAUCUCGCCUUCCAACGCUAUCAAAAAGGCCUAAACAAGUACCAGGGCCCCUUCCUGGCUUCCCUAACAAACAACUGGCGUCUUGUUGAUGUAUGGAAGCGAGAUGCUCACACGACCUUCCGCAAGAUUCACCAGAAGUACGGCGAUAUUGUUCGGGUCGCGCCGAAUGUCCUGUCCUUUGGACAUCCGGCAGCUAUUUCAGAUAUCUACGGCUUGAACAAGGGCUAUACCAAGAGCGGAUACUACGACGUCUUCGCUACCUUGAACAAGGGCAACAUUAUUUACAAUCUCUUCUCCACAAGAUCCGAAGCAUUCCAUGCGCGACUGCGCAGAUCCGUCAACCACGCCUUUGCUCUCUCUACGCUAUUGGAUUACGAGCCUCUCGUCGAUAGUUGCACGUCGUAUUUUCUCCGACGCACGCAGGAGCUCUUCGUGGGCACGGGGCGGGCCUGCUUGUUCUCCGAGUGGAUCCAGUUCUUCGCCUUCGACGUGAUCGGCGAGAUCACCUGGUCUGAGCGUCUGGGAUUCGUGCAAGGAAACAAUGACAUUUCAGAUAUCAUCGCUACAGUCGAUUCAUUCCAGAAUUACGGCACGGUAGUGGGCCAGAAUCCCUGGCUGGAUAGCCUGUUUGUGAAGAACCCAUUCAAGAGGCUUCUUGAAUCUAAAGGCCUGUGGCCGGCGAGUCCGAAUACCGCCAUUGUCAAUUUCGCCCUGGCCCGGCAACAUGAGCAUGCGAAAAGAGCAUGGGAUGAUCAGCAGCAGCAAGGCACUCACCGGAGGAAGGGUGUCAACUUCCUUCAGCGGUUUCUUCAGUCUCAGGAGAAAAGUCCCGAGUUCCUGACUGAUGAUCGCAUCACUGGCAUGUGUGCUUCGUUGAUUAUUGCCGGCUCCGAUAGUACAGCGAUCAGCCUGUCAGCCGUCUUUUACUAUCUCCUACAGAACCCUCGUGUUUACCACAGGCUGCAACAGGAGAUUGACGCGGCCGAUGAAGCGGGCACCCUCGCCUCCUCUUCCCCUUCCUCCAGGGACUCCACGGGCGGCGCCGGCGAUGUUAUCCCAUUCACGGCUGCCAAUAAGCUACCGUACCUGGACGCUGUCAUCACCGAGUCCUUCCGCAUGCACCCGGCCGUAGGGCUUCUUCUGGAACGGGUUACCCCUCCGCAAGGCGCAACCAUCUGCGGAGAGUAUGUGCCCGGCGGGACAGUUGUAGGCUGCAACGCCUGGGUGAUACAUCAAAACAAGGAAGUCUUCGGCCCCGAUGCAGACGUAUACCGACCUGAGCGGUGGCUGGAAAGUGAGGGUGCGGAUCCUGCGCGACUCUCGCGGAUGCGCCAGAGUAUGUUCCAGUUCGGUGCGGGAUCGAGAACUUGCAUUGGCAGGAACAUUAGUCUUAUGGAGACGUAUAAGAUGAUUCCCACGUUUCUGAGGAAGUUUGAGGUGGGCAUCCCCGUUGAACUGGCUGAGCCGGAAGAGAAUAUGUACCUGAAGAAUGCUUUCUUCGUGCACCGGAAGAACUUCAAUGUGCAUAUCGGGCUUAGGAACAAGGGAGAGAAAAACUAG